AUGGAACUCUAUGCUUAUUUUCGUGCAGUUAAUGUGUAUGUUCCUAAAGAUAGAGUUAUGAACCUCCAUCAAGGAUACAGAUUCGUGGAGUUCCGAAGUGAACAAGAUGCUGAUUACAUAAGUUUUCCUAUUCUCAAGUUAUUAUAUAGCUCCCCGAUUCCUGUUAAAGAUGUUGUUUCUGACUAUAAAUUUGUUGUUUUGACUGCCAUGCCUGCAAUCAAGGUGCUUAAUAUGAUCAAGCUUUAUGGAAAGGCAAUUCGUGUAAAUAAGCUUCCCAAGAUAAAAAGGGUGUGGAUGAGAAACUUCUCUACGAUAUUUUCAGUGCAUUUGGAGUCAUAGUUACAAACCCAAAAAAAAAGGGUGUGGAUUAGAAA